AUGGACGUCGACAUGACAUCCCCAGCUCCUGCAGCCAUCCCCGACACCACCCUCCUCGAUCAAUUCACCUCAAAACCUCGACGCGCUGACAUUUAUACUUACGCGACAUCAAUCCACAUCAAGUCCAAAGCCCAAGCCACAGCCUUUGCGCGCACAAUCCACACGCAGCCUCCAGAUCGCACCCUCGCCAUCUGGAUCAACAGCAGCGUCAGCGGUGACCUGCGCAACGAACCCUGCGCUGUCGCAAUCGGCUACAACUCACCUAAAACUUCUGCCUGGACAGCCCAAGUCACCAUCGCACACUACACCAGCGCAAACGAAGCCAUCCUCUUAUCUAUCGGCGAAGCCCUCCGCAUCGCAGCAACCCCAACGACGACCGAGCACAUCGACCGCGUGCUCGUCUUCUCAGAUGUGCAGCGCGUUCUGAAGAGUAUGAGGAUGGGCCAUCCGUUCGGGUUGGUGAGGGAUAGAUGGCUUGUCGACGAUAUACCCCAUCUCACCAAGCAACUAGCCGAGAAGAGCGUCGAAGUGGAGUUCCACUGGAUUCCUGCGAGUCCCAUGAUGGAACCCCAGCAACGCAUACGUCAGACUUCGCAGCGGUUCAAGAAGCUUGCUUUGGCUGAAUAUCCUGCGGAGUUACUGGAUCGGAGCGUUAGUUUUCCGCCGGUGAGACUGGACGGGGAACUCGUCACGGGAGGUGCGGGAGAAGAUUUCGUGGGUGGUUGGCUGUGUGCUGCGUUCAAGGACGUAAAGGUUCUGCCGCGAAGAGAGCUGAGCCGUGACCUGAGAGUUCAGGCCAGACAGGCUAUUAACCAGAGGAGGAAGGAGAGGAAAGAGAAGGCCAGAGCGAGGAGGAUAAAAGAUAAGACGGAGAGGGAGAUUAGGAAGAUUGAGAAGGAGAUGAGGAAGUUGGUGCGUAAGAAUGGAAUGAAAGUAGAGGAGCAGGAAGUGCUGGGUUUGGCGUGUGACGAUGAGAUGAAAGUGGAGGAGCAGGAAGUUAUGGACUUGGCAGAUGACAGUGAGAUGAAGGUUGAGGGGCAUGAGAUGCUUGAUUUGGCGUAUGAUAGUGAGAUGAAAGCGGAGGAGGGGGAAGUGCUGGGCUUGGCAGAUAAGAGCGUGGCGACUACAUACGAGCUUGUGGGAAAGAUUGAGGAGCAGGAGAGGCAAUGUAUGCUCGUGGAGGAGUUUGAGAAUAUGGAUUUGGUUUGA